GAGUCGAGUCUCGUCGUCGCGUCGCAGACUGACUCUGAUUACUCGGGCCGUGAGAGCGAGCGCCGAGCGUACACGGCCUACAUACAUACGUAUACGCGAGUCCUUUUCUCUCUCUCUCUCCCUCUCUCCUCCCUCCUUUUUUGUCUCGCGCGGCUCUCUGUUCUGGCAUUUGCGUGUGUGCACAACCCCCGCAACGCCGCGACUACCACCGUUGUUAGCUCAUCUCUCGCUACUUUGCAGUCCGCGCGUGAGGCACGCGCGACAGUUAUUCAGUCGGUAGUCGCGCGCGGGCAGUAAAAUCAUAAACCCGUAAUAAACGUAGCGCAUACGUAGUAGCAGUAGCAGUAGUGCAGUGGUUAAACGACGAUAUCGCGCCUAUAAUGUCUCGACUUUUUGUAUAAAUAAUAGAUCGUGACACGGGCCGUGGCUGUGGCGGCUACGGCUACGGCGACGGCGGCAACGUGCUUGCAACGUGGCGCGCGAGUGAGUGUGUGCCGCAGCAGUGCAGUGUGUUUAGCAGCAGCUUACAUUAGCCAUACUGUAUAAUACCAUUUACUGCGCUUACUACUGGCCGAUACAAUUUUUACCCUUCGCUUUUGCGUGCAUAAUUUAUCGCGACCGUAAACUACGGCGACUAAGCGCUCACAUGUGCAUGUGCAGCAAUAGCAGCAUAAGUAAAUGAGCGAAUAUCGUCGUCGUCGUAAUUGAGCCAUGUGCGUGGGUGUACAACGUGCAGCGCUGCAGCUGCAGCCGUACUAACGUGUUGCGCGCACCACCGACCGACGAGUAAGCUGAAAGCUCUCUGCCCGAAACCCAGGCCUGCAGGGAGAGCUUCGAUUUCACGAGGAGAGCUUUCGUACGUGCAGUCGUCGUUUCUGCUGCUGGCCUCUUGUUGUUGUUAUCGCGGGUGCGUCGUGUGUCAUGUUGUGCUAAAGCGUGAAGAAAAAAAGGAAAUAAUAAUAAUGAGUGUGAAAGCUUCGAUUACCGUGAAGAAAACAGCGUGUCGAAAGUCGACGCGUUCGUGCUGCGAUCGUUUCUACUGAGUCGCGUUGGGCAAUUAUCGACGACACAUCUAUACCCGAGUGAUCUCCUAUAUGUGAAAUUUCGUUCGGGCAGCUCGAGAGAAAGCUCAGUUUGCUUCCAGGUGGCGAUAAAAAGUUUUGCGAGCUUUCGACGAAGAUCUUCAACGCCGGGGGGGAGCGCCACCGAGUCCAAGCUCAAGCCCGCGCGAUGUGAUCAGCCUCUCGCGUCGCCUAUAGCGGAUAAUCCAAGUCGAAGGCGUGUGUAGCUGCUCUGCUGCUGCUGCACACACUGCAUCGAGCGUCGCGUCGAGUGUCUCGCUGAGCAGGACAUGGUCGUUGUAGGUGGGACGGCCAGGCGAUGACGUUCCAGCCACGUCGAGCUCUCGUUGCGUCCCACCGAGUCCACGUGGACUUUCGGAAGACUUCGUCGUCGGCCUCGUCGCUGAGCUGCGUCCGGACCAAGAGGAAGCGCGCCAGCCGCAACGCCCGCUGCUCGAAAUCAAAGGCAGUUUUGGCACGUGAGUCUUGCGGCUCACGGCUGCCGAGACUAACGGAAGAAGCCGAAGAAGCAGAAUCGGAAGAAGAAGAAGAAGAGGGAGAAAGAGUGGUGACGGAGGAAAAAUCAUCGUCGCUCUGUCGUUACCUACGGACUAGGAAUGAGGGACCGUGGCAAGCACCAGUACAACUCUCACGCGCAUCAUCUUCACCAUCAUCAUCGGGAUCACUUUCAUCUGCAGGCUAUGCCCCUCGAAGAGGUCCAAGGACUCUUGCCACGAGCUCAGUCAAAGACAGGUAACCGUGGCUCGCUCAACGUAACGAUCACUCAGGUCGGAGUUGGUCCAGGCGUCGUCGGUGGACCAUCCGGCAAUGCGUCGGCCAAAAGCAACGACCUGUUUCAUCUGGAGCCGACAGUUGAUACCAGGCCCACACCCUCGCCCCUGUCCGACACCACCACUCUGCAGUCCGACAAUAUCGACUCGCUCGCUGAUAUUGUUAUAGGAGCCGAUCCCAGGCUGCAAAUCGCAACGGUCGGCGGCGAGCGGAACGCAUGGGAAGGCCGGUAUCGCGUGAAAGAGCAUCGGCGCGCUGGCAAAGCGACCUUUCAAGGCCAAGUCUAUAACUUCCUGGAACGUCCCACGGGAUGGAAAUGCUUCCUUUACCAUUGCUCGGUGUUCAUGGUGGUAUUGGUGUGCCUUAUAUUUAGUGUGUUGUCUACCAUUGAUGAGUACAGUGAUUUCGCGAAUGAAACUUUAUUUUGGAUGGAAAUAUGUUUGGUUGUAUUUUUCGGGGUGGAAUAUUUGGUGAGACUGUGGAGCGCUGGAUGCAGGUCGAAGUACAUGGGAUGCUGUGGACGGAUGAGGUUUAUUCGGAAACCAAUAUGUAUUAUAGAUUUAAUAGUAGUUGUGGCGUCGAUGGUUGUCCUAUCGGUCGGCAGCAAUGGACAAGUCUUCGCUACUUCCGCCAUUCGUGGCAUUAGAUUCCUUCAAAUUUUACGAAUGCUUCACGUAGACCGCCAAGGAGGUACCUGGAGACUCCUCGGCUCAGUAGUUUUUAUUCAUCGUCAAGAGCUAAUUACAACGCUGUACAUUGGUUUCCUCGGCCUCAUAUUUAGCAGUUACUUCGUUUACUUGGCCGAAAAGGACGUGGUCGGGCCUCAAGGAAGGACGGACUUUGCCAGCUACGCCGAUGCUCUGUGGUGGGGCGUGAUAACCGUCACGACGAUAGGCUACGGAGACGCCGUGCCCCAAACUUGGAUGGGAAAAAUAGUGGCCUCCUGCUUCAGCGUGUUCGCCAUUUCCUUCUUCGCGCUUCCAGCGGGCAUCCUCGGUUCCGGCUUCGCGCUCAAAGUCCAGCAGAAGCAGCGCCAGAAGCACUUCAAUCGGCAGAUACCGGCGGCGGCGAUGCUCAUCCAAUGCCUGUGGAGGUGUCACGCCGCCGAGAAAACGACCAACAGCAUUGCCACGUGGAACAUCUACCUGAAGGACACGACUCCGCCGGGACAGCCGACUACACCGCUGAGCAAGUCUCUGAUCAUCCAGGUAGCCAAAAAGGCGAGCGUCCUCAAACGACGCAAGUCCCGCAAUCGCAUGGACGGACAGCAGCUGGACAACGCCCAGCAGCAGGUCGCCAAUUCGCAAACGACGACGAGCUGCCUCGGUACCAAUGUCGCGGCUGGACCAUCGCAACAGCAUCAGCAACAUCAGCAACAGCAGCAACAACAGCAGCAGCAGCCGCACAUAUCCGAUCCACGCCUGGACAACGAGGGCGACGUGAUAUUCUACAUGGAGGAGCCGAAGGCUUGCACGCCCAACAGGGUCAGACGGGAAAAUCGGGGAAGCCUGUUUACUUCGCAGACUAGUUCCGUAACGGAAGCAGCCAGUGAUGAGAUCGACAUCGACAUCGACGAACCCCAACGCGUAACAACAUUGACGGAGGCACACCGGAACGCGAUAAGGGCCAUUCGGAAAAUCAAGUACUUCGUUGCUCGUCGCAAGUUUCAACAGGCACGCAAACCCUAUGAUGUACGGGAUGUCAUUGAGCAGUAUAGCCAAGGUCACCUCAACAUGAUGGUGCGAAUUAAGGAGCUACAAAGGAGGCUUGACCAAACUUUGGGUAAACCGGGCAGCUACCUUGCGGGAAUCGAUCGAGCAGGCAACAUCAAACCAAUGACAAUAGGCGCGCGUCUCUACAGAGUAGAACAGCAGCUGUCCAUAAUGGACAAAAAAUUAGAUCAAUUGAUGUACGUACUGAACGCGGUAGCACAAAAGCAGCAAAUUCCUUUACGUAGCAUCGAGGACGAAGUAUGACUAUCGGCCUUCUAGCUACGCCUUUGAUCAAGAAUCGUAUUGCUAUAAAAAUAUGCGUCAAAAUUUUAAGUUCACAAGUUCAGAAAGAUAAUCUGAACGCCCUGACUAUAUGCAGGUAAAACCAAAAAUACUUUAGCUGUCCACAAUCAAUUAUCAAUCUAACGACUCGAAUUACUUUUGAUUAAAUAUAGUAUAUGGACCAUACGUCUGAAAAUCGAUAAAAAUUCACCCAAGAGAAAUAAAAAAAAAUAACAAUAAAAAAUAUCAAGAGUGUAUUCGCGCAGAGUAUUUAAAUUACAUGUAAAUUUUUUCCAAUCAGUUUGAUUUAUUAUCUCUUGUUCGAGAAAAAAAUAUUCAAUGAAAUUGAAUUGCAAGCGAAACUUGUCUAAGCUACGCUCUGUAGUAUACGAAAAUUUCUAUUUGAAAAAAGAAAUUAAAUUUUACUCCAAGUCGCCAAUGAAAAAAAAACAACGAUUUAGCGUACAUGCUUGGGAACUCGUUAUAGUUUUUAACUUAUCAAAGGGUAGGAUAAUAAUCAAUCAUGUAUAUAAAAUUGUUAUAAUUCUGUGAUUUACUUAGUUUUAUUAUUACUUAUAAAUAGUAUUUAAUGUAAAUACUCAGUUUAAUAUUUUAUCGAAUGUUCAGGCUGAUGAGUUACGAAUGACAAAAGUGCGACUGUGCCCUUUUCAUCAUUUAGUACGUAAAUAACAUAAUUUUUAAUAGAUUCAUUGAGACACUGUUUUUGGAAGAAUGGCAUUAUUGAUUGUAAUAACUUCGAAAACUAGUUUAAAUUUAAAUGAACGUCAAAACGUUCGAUUUUCAAUUUUAAGAUUUUCAAUGAAAAAUGACACAUUCAUUGUCAGAUUGUUAUUUCCGCCGUCUUCAUCGAUUAAUCAUUUUAAUAAUAUUAUAAAAUUAUACUUCAUUGUUCAACUUUUUAAUGUUAUCAUAAAAAUUAUGUAAAUGAAGAAAAAAAGUAGAAGUUUAAAAUGAAAGUAGAUGAUAUGAUAAUCAAUAGUUCAACUAUAAAACUUUUCAAUUAAAAAUAUACCAAAAUAUUUUUGGCUUUAUCAGAUGAAAAUAUUUUUACUCGAAGGAUAAUUAAAUUAUAAAAGUUACUCAAUCUUACCAACUUAUAAACUGCGGAUUUAUUUCCAUUAUUGCAGUCUUACUUUACUUCCGCAUGUGUAGAUAAAUUAUAAAUUCCAAAGACGAUUUUAGAUAUUAAAAGUUAAAACUUAUUCAAAAGAAAUUAAAAGAUGUUAUAUAAUUGUUGAUGAUUUUAAAUAUAUCUUUGAUAUCCUAGAAAAUAUGAAAUUAUGGAUCAGUGAAAUGAUUUUUGGCAUUCCCAGUAGUCUUUUAUCUUUGUAGGUAAAUUCUUUCGAGAAUUUAUUUCAAUAAUCUUAGACGAUAGAAAUUCAAGUGCCUAUAACUGGUGUCUGGUGCAAAAAUAUGCUUAAUUUUUCGUUCGAGCAUUUCAAAAGUCAUACUUUUUAUUUCAUAAUACAAAAAUUUUAUUUUUUAUUUAAAAAUCGCUCUUUUUUUUAAAGUUCCUAAAAAGUAUUUCCGUAAUCGAAGUAAAUGGGUCCACGCAUAAAGAAUUUCAAAAAUUUGUUUGCUACGAUAGACCUAAAUCUACGGAUCUAUAAUGAAAAUUGUAAAGAAUGAAAAGUAAAUUUUUCAUCAUAAUAUCUGUAAAUAUUCAUUAUAAAAUAUUUUAUAUAGUUUUCGACGUUUUCUGCACCAUUGCUGUACUUGCAAUUGCUUAUGCAAAACUAGACUUACGAAGAAAUCUUGUAAAAUACACGAAUUAAUUCUCAAAAAACGAUGUUUUUUCUGGGAUCAAAGCAAAAUCUGAACUCAAAUACCAGACAUGUACGAUUGUAUGCGACUCAAUGAUGAAAAAAUUUAUGAUAAUACCUCGCUAUGCACAAUAGUAAAUAGAUGAAAAAUGUCUGCUUAUUAAUAUGAAAGGUGCCUUUAGCCUUACAAAAAAAACUCUAGACCAGAAAAAAAUAUUAUAGAUUAAAAUCUCAAUAAGAAACACGUGCAUUAAGUAUCGAAUGCUUUUUUCUAACAUAUUGUUGUCGAAUUUAUGAUAAUCAUAAGUUUUUUUAUCAACAACUAGUCCAUGUGUAAGCUCUUCUACGUAAUAUAUUUGUAGGACAGUAAUAAGUAAUACGAUUUAAAAACUAACUUAUAUAACUACGCAAGCCUUAAACUCUGCGCUAAAUAGUUAUUAAGACUACGUCGAAUUAUUUAUUUAUUCUGCUUACUAAAAAUGAAAAUAAUAAAAUGUACAUUAAACUAAUUACUUUGUUAGUCAUUAAUUGGUAAAUUAUUACAUUGAAUUUGUAGUUUUGAUCCUAAUCUCAAUUUAGAUCAUAACUUUUUCGAAAAUUAUGCACAAUACUUUAAUUUAAAAAUAUUUGUAUUUUUUUGUAGUCUUUUCC